AGUUCAGUAGCUCCUAGAAGCUUCACAAGUUGGGGAACAACUCCCUUCUUCACAACCAUCUCAAUGCGCUCAUUUGGUCCAUCAGUCAGGAUACAAAAAUAGCCGAGUGAAUAGAGAAUGCAGUUCAGUGUGUCCAGGAGAGGACUUCAUGGAACAACAUUCUCGGCAUAAUGAGGAAGAUAGAGAACCAGUGCUCCAUUGCAUUCCUGGAUUACAGCUGAGCUUUAGCCCAACUACUGUGGCAGUACUCCCAGAAAAUAGAACAACCAAACCUUCUUCCUGGCCAGAGUGUUUGGACGAUGUGUGAAUCCUGAAAUAUACACAUACAAACCUACUCUUCUGUGCAGCCCUAAACAGUGCUGACACGCAGGAGGAAAUCCAGUCCUUUCUGUUUAGCCAACUCUGUCCUUGUCUCCCAUCCAUAUUGCAGCUCUAGCCAACAUGGUUAACUGGCAGUUACACAAACGUAUAUUUUAUUCUUAUAUUUCUGGACCUUUCGUGAUGAUGUUCCCUAAUGCUACAACGCCCUUGUAAAGCAUGAACUCUUCCCAUUCUUCUGAUCACUUAGAGCUCAGCUCCCCUGACUCUUUUUCAGCAACUACCUCCAAUCCAAGAUACUUCAGACAAAACUGACAUUCACUACUUCUGUGUUUGUGCUAUAUGUAAAUUGACUCGUGCUGGUUUCCAUCAAUUUUAUCUGAGACGUGUUUAUAAAAUAGAGCGAAGAACUCCUUGAAAGUCAGAUGGUGUGAUAGAAAGUACUUAUGUUCUGGGCUCUGAUUAAAGGAUUCAAGCCCAAUCUCUUUCACUUGUAGCUGCCUGAGUUUGUACAAUCAAACUCACCUCCCCGUGCCAGUUUUCUCAUCUUUACGAUGAACACCAUUUAGAUUAGCUAACACUCAGUAAUUUUAAUAUGAGAAAAGUGAAACACCAGGCCUGUUACCUAGUAAGUGCUCGAUAAAGGGUUGGUGAGCAUCACCACUGGUUGAACCAACCCUAGAAUGCACUGAUUGCGAGCUCCAUACAGGAAGGAAUAAUCAAUUUGUCCUCGUGGCAAUCAGUGAGGCAUCUCACAAAUAUCCAGCAUUGUGCCUGAAAUGGGCAUAUGCUCAAGAAAUAAUCUGUUGAGUUGGGGGAGGCCUUAAUGACUCUACAAUUAUCAUAAAUACUGUCCCCAUCCUCUAUUAAGCCUUAUCAAGAUGCCUAAUACCUCACAGAAAAACUUCAAAUACAGCAUCACUGAACACUCCCGUCCCCUAAUUCUUCUACUUUAUUUCCGUUGUUCCUUUUUGUGAAUUCAAUUCCCUAAUAAGUUCAAAUCCCACAGCAAGCCUGAUCUUCCAGUCAGAAGUGGGAGGGGGCAGCAGUGGAAGCUUGAGAGGGGCGUGGUCACCACAUCGCAGAGCUUGAGUGCGCCUGCGUAGGAUGCGGCAAAGCUAGGUUCUUAGGUUUUCCUUCUUUGCUGAUUACUGCUUGUGUAUAAAGAUCGCCUUUCUCACCAGCUCUCCCUUUCGAACCGCACAGCUCUGAGUGUCAGGCUUCGGCUCUGUGCCGAGGUGCCAACACACUCCUCCCUCCGACGGAUUGCUGACCUCCACGUUCGCGUUCCUGUCUCCUGGAACCAUGUCUGUGGUAAGCCAGAAUGCGCGCCAAGGCAGAGCAGAGACCACUGCAGAUUACAGCGACAGCCAGGGUGAAAUGCAGGCUACUAAUGCCUCUGGGCCCCCCAACUCCAUGCUAGUCCCCGAGGCUGCCCAGGGCCUUGAGAUUCCAGACGAUCCACAGGGUGCCAGCGCUCCCCAGGCUGCGCAGGACCCGAGAGACAUCGAGGUUCUCAUCGACGAGCAGUCCCGACGUUUGGGGGCGCUCAGGGUCCAUGACCCUUUAGAAGAGAGGUCGGUUGCUUUAGUGAAUUUCUUGCGAAUGAAAAGUCAAAGUGAGGGGUCUAUCCGACAGUCAGAAAUGUUGGAGUUUCUCAAUGAAUACUCAGAUCAGUUCCCUGAGAUACUCAGACGAGCCUCAGCUUAUCUGGACCGGGUCUUUGGGUUGAAUCUGAGAGUCCUUGAUCCUCAGACCGACACUUACAAUCUAAUCAGCAAACCGGGUCCCCAGACCACUGAACGCCUAGCAGAGACCCUGGACAUGCCAAAAGCAGGUCUUCUGGCCUUGGUCCUCGGCCACAUCCUCUUGAAUGGCAACCGGGCAAGAGAGGCCUCCAUCUGGGACCUGCUGUUAAAGGUAGAAGUGAUAGAUGAAACUCAGAGGAUCAACAACCUCUUUGGGAACACAAGAAACCUCCUCACUACGGACUUUGUCCAGAUGCGAUUUUUGGAGUACUGGCCGGUAUAUGGCACUAAUCCCCUCGAAUUUGAGUUCCUGUGGGGCUCUAGAGCCCACAGAGAAAUCACGAAGAUGGAAGCCCUGAAGUUUAUAGCAGAAGCUCAUGAUGAAGAACCCUGGAGCUGGCCAGAAGAAUAUAACAAAGCUCUGGAAUCUGAUAAGGCCAAAGAGAGAAGCCAGGCUGCCGGCUUAGAGUUCUGGUCAGAGGACACUAUGAAUGAUAAAGCAAAUGAUGUGGUCCAGUUGGCUAUUAAUGGCACUGAGGAAUUGCUGCCUAUCCAUCAGGAUGAGCUAUUGGCUCACACUGGCAAAGAAUUCGAGGAUGUGUUCCCAAAUAUCCUCAGCCGAGCCACGCUAAUCCUUGAUCUGUUUUAUGGCUUCUCUCUGAUUGAGGUUGAUGCCAGUGAUCACAUCUACCUCCUUGUCCCGCAACCAGAAUCAGAAGAAGAGCAAGUAAUGCUAGAGAGCCUGGGCAGACCCACCCACGAAUACAUGAUGCCAAUCCUGGGUUUGAUCUUCCUGAUGGGCAACCGUGUCAAAGAGGCCAAGAUCUGGAACUUACUCCGGAGAUUUAAUGUUGAUGUAGGGAGGAAACAUGCCAUUACCUGUAAGCUAAUGAGGCAACGCUACCUAGAAUGCAGGCCGCUCUCCUACUCUAAUCCAGUUGAAUACGAGCUGCUCUGGGGUCCUCGGGCUCACCUUGAAAUCACCAAAAUGAAAGCCUUGGAAUAUAUGGCUAGGCUCUACAGAAAGCAGCCACAGGACUGGCCAGAGCAAUACAGGGAGGCUGUGGAAGAUGAGGAGGCCAGGGCCAGAUCUGAGGCAACAGCCAUGUUCUUCUUUGGUUCCAUGUGAGGUCUGAUGUUCAACUUUACUUGAGUGGCAUCUGUUAAAAGGGCCUUUGGGAAAUGGGAAAUGGGCACUCGGGUUCUAAAUCAAAAGUUGGGAGGGUUGGGGUAAAGAGUACACCUUGUAUUUAUUAUGUUCCAAUUCUAAUAACAUUUCUUUCCUUCUGGUAUACUCUUUAAUUGUCUUCACAAUCAGUGUUUUUUAAAAUGAAAUUGCUUGUUUUCUCUUCCUGUCUUGUUUCAGUAUAAAAGUUCAGAUAGCCGUGUAAAAUGUAUUGUAAAAUGUAUUGUGUUACAUAUUUGAAAUAACUAGUAAAAUAAGGUAAAUAACGGUAAACACACACACACACACACACACACACACACACACACACCAAACACAAAGCCAAUUGAUUGUCCUUUUGAGUCUUUUGUGUUACCGAACUAACAAAAAUAAAAGACUGUCACUUCCCUGUAUUUAAUUUGCUGUUGCAGAGUGCAGUAAAAAAAUAAAUAAAUAAAAGUAUAAUGAAUUAGA